CGAUUGAAAACCGCAUGCGCGUGUACACGCCGGUUGUCGGUCAAUUUGCUUACUUUUGGGCACGGUCUCCGCGCGGCGACUUCGUUUCGUUGAAUGAAUUCCCUCAAUUAACGUUUUGCGUUUUCUGCGUACCCACGUUAUCAACAAAAAAUUGGUUGCUUAUCUCACACGGUCUGGUGGUGGGAGUUUAUUUAUAAAUGACACGGUAGACGUCAAAUUUAGAAAGAAAACGGUGAACGUUUCAGUUCGGUCGGAUUUUAUUACACCGUGUAACCCCUCACAUACAUUAAAAUAAUAUUUAAUUCCGAUUCCGAAUUCUGGAAACAAGUCAAUAUGCCAGAAACGUCCAAGUGUAACGGUGAUAAGAAGGGAGUUCGUGUUUGGUGUGAUGGAUGUUAUGAUAUGGUACAUUUUGGACAUGCUAACUCGUUGAGACAAGCUAAAGCUUUAGGAGAUUGGUUGGUUGUUGGGAUACAUAACGAUGAAGAAAUUACCAAGCAUAAAGGCCCACCGGUGUUUACGCAAGAAGAAAGGUACAAAAUGGUUAAAGGUAUCAAGUGGGUGGAUGAAGUAGUUGAAGGGGCUCCUUAUGUGACCACUUUAGAAACGUUGGAUAAGCACAAUUGUGAUUUUUGUUGUCAUGGGGAUGAUAUUACAAUGACUGCUGAUGGUGUGGACACUUAUCAUCUUGUUAAGGCUGCAGGAAGAUAUAGUGAAGUUCAAAGAACUGCAGGUGUUUCAACGACAGAUUUGGUUGGCAGAAUGUUACUAUUGACUCGUCAGCACUUCCGUAGAGGACAAUUUGAAUACGAUGUAGCUAAAGAACACUCUUCAACGAUGGGACAAGAUUCGAAUGCGCGAUCGCCUUGGACUGGAUGUUCUCAAUUUUUACCAACAACGCAAAAAAUUAUUCAAUUUUCAGAUGGAAAACCACCGGCGCCUGGUGAUCGUGUUAUUUACGUCGCCGGUGCUUUCGAUUUGUUCCACGUAGGUCAUUUGGAUUUCUUAGAAAAAGCGAGACAACAUGGUGACUACUUAAUUGUUGGUUUACAUACAGAUCCAGUAGUGAAUCACUACAAAGGUUCAAAUUAUCCAAUUAUGAAUCUCCACGAACGGGUUUUAAGCGUUUUAGCAUGUAAAUACGUCUCAGAAGUGGUUAUUGGAGCGCCUUACGUAGUGACGCAAGAUGUUUUGGAUCAUUUUAAGAUCGACAUAGUCAUUCACGGGAAAACACAAGUUAUGGACGCGGAUGACGGAAGUGAUCCAUUUGCGUUACCAAAGAAAUUGGGUAAAUUUUUGCUGGUUGAUUCAGAAAAUGAUAUGACAACGGAAAAAAUUGUGGAACGAAUAAUCAGGAAUCGUUUGGAAUACGAAGCUAGAAAUAAAAAGAAGGAGAAGAAGGAAUUGGAAUUAUUAAAGGUGAUGAACGGGCACGCCGCCAAUGGACACAUCAGUGAGAAUGGGCAUUUCAUAACUGCAAAUGGGGAUAAGUAGUGGGGAAAAUGCAAGAUCGUUUCAAAAUUUCGGUGUCUGUGAUGAUGAGAGACUCGGUUGAGUGUACAAGAAACUCAUGGAGAAAGUAGUAGAAAAUUACGGACAAAUUUUAAGUUAAACAGGAUGAUUUUUAUUAUAUAUUUUUAGUUUUUCUUAUUUAAGAUUUCUUUUAACCACUUUGGUAAUCUGAACUUAGCGCUUGUACGACGCUAGUCAAACUUGUAUGUACGUGCACAGGCUAAAAAGGCACUCGGAAUCGCUGGCGAAUCUAAUAAAACUAAAAUACACAUUUAA